AUGAAGUCCCGAAGAGGUGUUAUGCAAGAACUGCAUUUCCUCCUUAAGAAUGUAGAAUUUCUAACCGAGGGACAAUGCAAAAUCACAGAUAUCGACGAAAGUGGCAAAGUCAAUGCACUGAGAUUUGUGGUUAAAAUAGUGCCGGACAGCGGACCAUAUCGGUUUGGAAAAUUCGAUUUCUUAUUCAAAGUAACGCGUAGUUAUCCAACUAUUUGUCCAGACAUCAGAUGUUUAACUCAUAUAUACCACCCAAAUAUUGAUGAGUCAGGUGAAAUUUGUCUGAGUCUUUUCGAGGACUGGUCCCCUGAAUAUAAUUGUUUGAUGCACUGCGUUUAUGGACUGCUUUUUCUGUUGAAAAACCCGAAUCUUGAUGACCCAUUGAGCCCAUAUUUUUGCCCUGAAGAUGCAAAUUGCUUGGAAUCAUUUCAUGAGAAUGUCAGAAAGUCUCUGGAGGGUGGAGUAGUUGAUGGAUUCAUUACGUUUGAAAGAAAUCUUGUCGACAAAAAGGAUUACAAAGAGUAG